GUCACGACUCGCAGGAUUAUUUGAUCAGACGAACCCUUAUCUCAGAUCCGUCAAGGGGAGCAGCCUGACUCGCGCGACCUCCUGGUUGAAGUUCGCACUCGUCUCUGCCAGCCCGUCAGAUAAUCCUGCGUCUGCUAUGCCGGAACCAGAAUCAAAAGCAAUUCGCAGACCGCCGGUAAAGGUCGAGCUCGCAUUGCCGCCUCUCUACCAAGGCAAAGGUUCCUACACUCAAACCCCCAAAGAAGCCCGUGACGUCCAAUUCGCUUUGCCGGGAUCACGAUCCAAGCCAGUCGAAGUGCUCCAGGUAGACUCGGCGGCUGUGCCCCAACCAUUCGUUGAUCCAGCUGUCUUCAAGAAAUGGGGCGGCGCGACUUGAUCUGAAUGGAGAUUGAGAAUGACAUGGUCUUCAGUCUCUAGACUUUGCUACGCAGUAGGCUUUCCAGUAGUAAAAGGAUAGGAAAAUAGAGUUCCGGUAACUAUGGUCGGCAUCUGGGACCCCACUAUCCGUCCCCCGCGAUUUGAACGCCGGACACUUUGGGGACCAAGGAUUCGGUUGCCAUCCGGCACCUUCGACCUAACUCCUGCUUUGACGAGGUCCACUAUAAAGCAGCAGCGAACACCAGGGAAUUGUUUUGCACGGCGUCUAUUACUCCUCGGAUUUGGUCCAGCAUGUCUACGCCCGGCCAGUUCAGAUCAGCAGGGAUUUCUCCCUCCAUUCAUCUCGACCUUCUCCCCGGCCAACAACAGAGUAGACGAAGACGAACAUGGCUAGCUGAAACACGAUGAGUGCUACAUCCGCACAAGCAGCCGUUGAGAAUUGCAUUUCAUUAUCGAGAACAUGACAUGAACUGAGCGUCAGUACCAUGUCAGCCGACCAAUGAUGAUAGUCUACAUAGCUUGUCAAUGUGUGAGCAGUCAUCCGAUCUCGAAUAACAACCCAGAUCAUUGCCCCGGGAGUCACUUUCGCGGAAUUGGUCACUUGUCAUUCCAUCUAUCAAAGCAAUUGGCUUGAAUGCUCACAAUGAAUUGGGAUGUAAGCAGCAGCAUGUCGUCUCAGACUUUCUCCCCGUGCCCACUUUCCGAGUGCGGGGUUCCGUGCACUAAGACGGUGUUUGCCAUCGGCAUAUCGAAAGGGCAAAAAGGGAGGGCAUGGUUAGCAAUUGUCCUACGACUAGCG